AUGUCGCUCUAUCCCUACGACUGGUCAAUUUUCUUUCCCGGCCACGAGUGCAAGACCUGCGACCACCACUGCAUCUUCAUCAACGGCUGCGUCGGCUACAAGAACCACCACUACUUCCUUCUGCUCCUUGCCACGACGGCCCUCCUCACGACCUACGGUGGUUUCCUGGGCUUCUCCCUCCUGUCCAAGCAUGUUGCAACCGAGUACCCGACAUGGGCCCUGUGGCCGCCAAAAGGAAUGGAGAUCAAGGACUAUCUCCUCAUCUGGAAUUGGGCACUCCAGGACAGUGUUGGAAUGGGCGCAGUUACCUUGCUCGCUGCGAUGAUCUCGCCAUUGGUCUGGGGAUUGUUCGCGUACAACGUUUGGCUCAUCUAUAGUGGCACCACUACCAACGAAUCACUCAAGUGGUCCGAUUGGAAGGCUGAGAUGGAUGAUGGCUGUGCCUUCAAACGGAAACUGCUGCCUAACCGAGUAAAGGAUAGACGAUACGAGCCGGAGCGAACGCGAUGGCCCCUCGAAUCACAGCAAGUGCUUGCAAGAACGGAUGACGGCAUGCCCCCUCCGUCGAACGUGUCCACGCAAUCAGAAUGGGAGCGAGUGUGGAAGUUGGCAGACGUCGAGAACCUGUACGACCUAGGGUUCUGGGAUAACGUGGCAGACGUCUUCGUCCCCGACUACAAUUUUAAUGUUAAGCGUGACCAGCCGACUGUUGAGGCUGUCGGGCGACAGAGGCAUUCAGCAAGAGGAGCGCCUAUUUAG